AUGUCUCAACCAGCAUCGCCCUUUCCUGCACAGUCGUCCUACUAUUCAACCCCGACAAUGGCGAAUCCCACUUUACAUACUGACACUCCUCCCCCUCCACCCCCGAAACCCAGUAGUCACGAGGCAAGCCGAGGAGGCACCCCCCAGAACAUGACUUCCAUACCAGCGCCCCAGCAAACAACCUCGAGCUAUCCAGGAGAUAAUCAAGCAUUCACACAAUCAUCACACUCUCAACCUACCCUCCUCCCUGCGCCACCCACAAUCGCCGAGGGCUGGCUCCCAGAGGUUGUGAAAGACAAAUCAACCCUCGAUCUCCAAUCGAUUCUUCAAGACCCAAGCCUGAUCUCAGCCCUCUCAAGCCACCACCCCUCCCACACCGCGCGCCAACAGAACCUCGAAUCCCUCCUAUCAGUAAACAAGGAGCUCGCAACGCGCGUCCUCGAAAUGCAAAACCAUGUGGCGGAGCUCCGCGCUUCCACGGAAACAAUGCUCCUUCAGCACCAGUCCCUCGAAGUCUCUUGGCGCAAAAAGCAAACGGAGAUGGACGCCGCCUUGGCGCCGUGGUCCCCGAAGGCAUUAUAUCAGCGGUUGAGUGCGGCGAUCGCGGAGCAAGAGGCAGUGUGCCAGGCUGUUGAGGAGAGUUUCAUAGAUGAAGAUCAUCAUGGUCGUGCCACGGAGAAGGAGAUUGCGGAUUGGGUGCGACGGGUGAGGGCUGAAGCGUCGAAGUUGGCGUCACGGAAAGAAGCUAAGGCGCGGUGGGAUGAGGGGAGAGUUGGAGGUUGGCGCUGA